UUCUUAUUGGAUUUUCGAAGAAGUCGGAUGUUUUGUGAGUCGGAAGUCGAAAACGUAAAAUAGACAGUUUUAAAGUUACGUAGUGCGGUAAUAAAGUGAUUAUAUACAUAUAUGUAUACGUUUGAAUGCAAGUUAUAAGAUACAUGUCAGCUGUAAAUAGACAGGAAACUCCCACAUCGCUGCGUUAUUUCAGUUAAUUUUAUUCAUAUAAACAAUCAUAAACACGAUGGAGCCCAGUUUUGAUAGUUGGGACUUUGCCGUGCUGAUUACCAUAUUGGCAAUAUCGGCUAUGAUUGGCAUUUACUAUCGCUAUACGGGCGGAAAGCAGAAAACAAUUAAAGAAUACCUCCUGGCCGAUCAGAGUAUGACCACAUUUCCGGUUGCUGUGAGCUUGAUGGCGAGUUUUAUGUCCUCCAUCACGCUACUGGGUGUUUCCAGUGAAAGUUAUCAAUUUGGCACCAUGUUUUGUAUAAUCAAUUUGGCGUACAUCAUAAGCACACCGAUUGCAGCAUAUUUAUUCCUACCGGUCUUCUAUCGCAUGCGCACCAUGAGCGUUUAUGAAUACUUGGAGCGUCGUUUUGGUCACUCAACACGUCUCGCUGCUUCGAUUGCCUACUCCAUACAGAUGAUACUUUAUAUGGGCAUUGUACUUUAUGCGCCGGCGUUAGCCCUGGAAGCUGUUACCGGUGUAAACAAAGCAACCGCUAUAUUGGUUAUUGGUUUAAUUUGUACCUUCUACUCGACUAUUGGUGGCCUAAAAGCUGUACUGAUAACCGAUGUCUUUCAAUCGCUUUUAAUGUUCGCUGCCAUUUACGCAGUAAUCGUGGUGUCGGCAAUCAAAGCUGGUGGUCUGGCGCCAAUUUGGCAAGUAGCCGAGGAGCGUAAUCGUAUAUAUUUCACGGACUUUUCUCUGGAUCCCACUGUGCGACACACGUGGUUGAGUCUCAUUGUUGGUGGAAUGGUGACUUAUAUGUCUUUGUAUGGUGUCAAUCAGGUGCAAGUGCAACGUUUAUUGAGUGUACGCAAUUUGAAGAGCGCCCAGGCGGCACUCUGGUGGAAUUUGCCCAUUUUGAGUUUGCUCAGUUUCAGCACAUUGUUCAGUGGUUUAGCGAUAUUUCACUAUUACAAAAAUUGUGAUCCGCUACUGGAGGGUAGAAUACAAUCGAGAGAUCAAUUGAUGCCUUUAUUUGCGGUGGAUACAAUGGGUCAGUAUCCUGGCUUAUGUGGUCUCUUCGUAUCGGGCAUCUUCUCCGCCAGUCUCUCGACGGUUUCAUCAGCCGUCAGCUCACUAUCGACUGUAACGUUAGAAGACUACAUCAAACCAUUGUAUAAACACUUUACGAAAACACCGUUACAUGAAACAAAAUCAACACUGCCAAGUAAAAUUAUGGCCUGCAUUUAUGGGCUUGUCUGCAUCGGCAUGGCUUUCACGGCUAGUUCUAUGGGUGGUGUUUUACAAGCAUCUCUCACCAUUUUCGGUGUAAUUGGUGGACCAUUAUUGGCACUCUUUACACUCGGCUUAUGUACGACGCGUCCGAAUCAACGUGGCGUACUUUUGGGUCUACUAAUCGGUUUCAUAUUUUCCUUCAUUAUCGGUUUUGGUGGUCCGAAACAACCGCCAACCCCGUUAGAUUUUAAAGAUGAUGGUUGCCCAGCUGCUGGUAAUGGUAAUAUGACUUUGGUCGCCGCGGCCCUUACUCAGGCGUUUAAUACGACAACCGCGCAACCAACAACAGCGUCGCCACCAAUUGAAUAUAAUUGGUUCUAUAGAUUGUCAUACUUGUGGUUCUCCGUAAUUGGUUUCUUAAUAACAAUAAUUGGAGGUUAUGUUUUAAGUUUGCUAUUGGAGGCCUUGAGAUGGGCUGACAAUAAACAAAUCUAUUUAGAUAAUAAGCAAAUCGAUGUAGACUUAUUCAUACCACCGUUGGCUCGAAGAUUAAGAAGGCGUGACGUUGAAGAAAUGACAAAGUUAUAAAGCGCUUUUCGAGUUAUCACCAAAACAACAAAUUACUUAAUUAUAGAUGAAAAUGCGAAAAGUAUUUAUGUAUAUAAAAAAGUAAUUAAUUUCAAUUCACUUUUGUUGCUUAGUGCUUUGAAAGUUUAUUAUUAAUGUCAGUGUGUGCUUAAACUUUUAAGAGUUGCUUUUAAGUUGUCUUAGUUGGUAGAAUAAUUUUAGCAAAAUCAUUAAAUACUUCGAGCUUGUCAUCAUUUUAAGAUUGAUUGAUAGAUUUAGUAAAAUUUUAGCUCUCUACAUGGCAUUUAUUUGAAAAAAAAAGUAGAGCUUAAAUAGUUGUUUACCCCAAAUUACAGCCAGUUUGAGGUUAACACUGCACAAUUAUAUUAAUUAUAAUUAAUACAUGUACGUUUUAAUAUUCAAACAUUUUUAUUUGAUGCUUAGAUUUUUAUAAAAUAUAUUUAUCAUUCAUUAAAAAUUAUUUUUAAAUGUACUACAUGCCUUAAAAAAUGUAUAUGAUUUAAUUACAAGGAGCUUUUACUUAAUUCUUCAAAAACUUCCGUUCUAAAACAUGCAAAUUAAGUUUCUAAGUUUUUAAAGCUUUAAAAGAAUGAAAGCUUUAGAGAAAUUUUAAAUUUUAAGCUUAAAGCUCACAAUUUUGCAAUUCAAAGUAGGUGAUCCCAUUAAGUACUCCACAUUUCAAUAACAGCAAGUUUAAACAAUUAUGAAAUCACAUUCAAAAAAUAUAACUUUAUAUGUACAAUGGUAUGUUCUCAGGGCCAGUGUAACCUAAAAAUUAAAUAGGUUAUGCAAUAUAUAAAUAUUUUCCUUUAAAAUUUUAUUAAGUAAGCAAGUUUCUUGACUACCUCUAAAUACGUUGAAUAUUCUUUCUAAUAUUGUUCCUUAUCGAUCAAAUCUAAAGCUCUUAUUUUAAGCACCUUUUUUUAAAUAAUAAGCAAAUUAAAGUUUAUAUUUUGUUGAAUAAAAUGUUAAUAUUUUUUACUGUUAUUCGUAUUUACAUAAAAAUAAUAAUUCUGUUGUAAAUGUGCUCGAAAUAAAUUGUUACAAAUAUAUGUAUUUACUACAAUACUAGACAUUUGUGUCAGAUAUAAAGAGUCUUCCAUUUUAAUCGUAGUCAGCUGGAAAAAUAUUGUAACGUUUUUAAUGCUGAUAUGCUGUUAAUAAACGCUGAUCCACUUUGGUGGGUUUGAAGCAUUAAUUUUUAUAAACACUGCGUAAAUAUUAUUAUUAUACGACAAGAAAAUUUUAAAUAAUAAAAAAAAAUUUAGGAGUAUAUUUUACUGACUUGGCAUUUUUUUGAAGUGAAAGCAGAUUAUUAAAAUAUUUAUUUAUUUUUUAUUAAAAAUUACUUUUAAUUCACUAUAAUUAUUUCUACAUACGUAGUUUAGGUGUUUAAUAUUAUUAUUAUAAAUUUUUCAACUUUUUCAUAUUUGUAUUUUUUUAAUUAAUUUAUUUUUUUCUUUUAACAUUUUUUUAAUUUUAUAUUUUUUAUUUAAUUAUUACUUAUUUUAUUUUUGAUUUCUCACUUAUUUCUUUAAAUAUACGUAAAUUUGUACGUAAAAUAAAGUAAUACAGUAAUAAAUUUCGAUACUACGAAACUACAUAUUUGUUACUAACAGAUUUAAUGAUAAACGUCUCAAAAUAGCCUCCUUACCAGAGAAUGUUAAGGAAUUCGUUCAUUCAUGUUCUUUAACAUUCUCUGUGCACACCAUUGGCAGCAUAUCAGCCAGAGAACGUAAAGUAUACUUUACGUUCUCUGUAUCAGCAACAUGUUAGUCCUUAGCAGAUGAUUUUAAGAGCAGUGAUAGUGGAGCUGUUAAUUAACAUAUAUGCUGUAAUCUGUUCAUCAACAAUAAAAUUCUCUCCAUCUAUAAUCAGCAUCAAAAUACACUAUGAAGAAUCUCUAAGGAGUGCGUACCUACAAUAAUUUACAAGUAUAUAGUACAUAUGUACAAAUGGAUAUACAAAUAAACGUAAGAUGUUACUUAGAAAAAAAUAAUACUAAAAAUUAUAAAGUGUAUGUAUAAAAACUAUAUAGCACAUUGAAAAAAAUUUAUACAUACAUAUACAUAUGUGUAUUAAAUAUUCUGUUAAAAUGUAAAUUAUCUAUUUUUGAUGAACUAUUUUUAAUCGACCUUGAAAUUAAGAAUAAAAAACGCAAUAUGUUCCUGCAUAUAUAAUUUUAUUGUAUUAUAUUUAGGGCUAAUAUAAGCACGUGGAAAUCUCAAAAUAGUAUAUUUUUGCUUUCAACAUCAGAAGAAGUAAAACUAUGCCUACAUACAUACUUAUUUGAAUAUAAUAAAUGUGUUUAUGGUAAAAAUGUUAUAAUAAAUAAUGCAUAAAACCUAGUAAAAAA